AUGCCAGUGUGGGCCGCGGAGCCUGCUGGGAAGGAAGCGGCGGCGGCGGCGGCGUGCGUGGGGGCGGGCAGAGAGCCUCAGCCGGCGGCUGGUGGCAGCGGCUGCUCAGCGGGAGCCUGCGAACCGCCACCAUGUCGGGAGGAGGCAGCGCCGGAGAGUGGUGCCUGAUGGAGAGCGACCCGGGCGUCUUCACUGAGCUCAUCAAGGGCUUUGGUUGCAGGGGAGCACAAGUUGAAGAAAUAUGGAGUCUGGAACCAGAGAACUUUGAAAAAUUAAAACCGGUUCAUGGGCUUAUCUUCCUCUUCAAGUGGCAGCCAGGAGAAGAGCCAGCAGGCUCUGUUGUUCAGGAUUCCAGACUAGACACACUAUUUUUUGCUAAACAGGUAAUAAACAAUGCUUGUGCUACUCAAGCCAUAGUAAGUGUGCUAUUAAACUGUAUCCAUCAAGAUAUCCAUCUAGGAGAGACACUAGCAGAAUUUAAAGAAUUUUCACAAAGUUUUGAUGCUGCGAUGAAAGGUUUGGCACUAAGCAACUCUGAAGUGAUUCGGCAGGUUCACAAUAGUUUUGCCAGACAACAAAUGUUUGAGUUUGAUGCAAAGUCAUCAGCAAAAGAAGAAGAUGCAUUUCACUUUGUAAGCUAUGUUCCUGUUAAUGGAAGGCUAUAUGAACUAGAUGGACUAAGGGAAGGACCAAUUGAUUUAGGUGCCUGUAAUCAAGAUGAUUGGAUCAGUGCUGUCAGGCCUGUCAUAGAGAAACGAAUACAAAAAUACAGUGAAGGGGAGAUAAGAUUUAACCUUAUGGCCAUUGUGUCUGACAGAAAAAUGAUAUAUGAGCAGAAGAUAGCAGAAUUACAGCAGCAACUUUCAGAGGAAGAGCCAAUGGAUACAGACCAGAGUGGUAAUAUAUUAAGUUCUAUUCAGUCAGAAGUUGCAAAAUAUCAGAUGUUAAUUGAAGAAGAGAACCAAAAACUAAAAAGAUACAAGAUUGAAAAUAUUAGAAGAAAACAUAACUACCUGCCUUUCAUCAUGGAAUUGUUAAAAACUUUAGCAGAACACCAGCAGUUAAUACCACUGGUAGAGAAGGCAAAAGAAAAACAGAAUGCCAAGAAAGCUCAGGAGGCCAAGUGAAGAUAAUUUUGGAGGAAAAAUAUAUACAAUAAUGUGCUUCUGACCUUGUUUUCAUGAAACAAGCCUACAAGACUUUUCCAUAAACUUUAAAUUUGUCCAGCGCACGUUUGACAAUUGUAACAGUUUGUCUUGUAUCGUAUGUACGGGUCUAUAAAUCUCCUCCCCUUGCAUCAUGUGCAUGUAGAACCUACUAAGUAAUGUUUAGUCUCUUGAUCAAAUUCCAUUAUUUAACGGUUGUAUCUGAUCAAUUCCUCAUAGCUUAUUGGGAAGUAGAACUGCCAUUGUUACAGAUCUGAAAAUGUGCAAAUAAUGUACCCAUGUUUUAAUCUCUUCCUAAUGAAAAUAUUUACACCUCAUCCCAUGUUAAGGGACUUGGAUUUCUAAUGAUGCAGAGAAUGUCAGAAUUUUAAAAUAACAGUUGGGCUUUCUCUGUUCAUCACCAUUAACAGGUAUUAUAGUCUGACUCUUUUCACCAACUUCCCCUGUGUCUUUGUUUUUAUGAACUUUGACUAAUUUUUUACAGAGUUGAAAAGUAUGAAUUUAGCUGUAAACCACUUGCAAAGACCAAUGUGUAAUCUCAAAAGAUCUGCAUUGCUUUAGUAGAAAAGAUAAUAAAUUUUCCCAUUUUUAUUUUGGCAAA